AUGUUAGGAACAAUGUUUAAUUGCAUCGUCCGAUUGUUCGCACAAAAUAAAGAAGAUAAGAAGCGGGUGGAAAAAGCUUUAAGCGAGUCUGGGCUACCGACGGGGAAGAACGACACUAUAAGUCAAUCAAAGUUCCAGUUCGAGGAUUUCUUCGCUUUUUAUAAGAGCUUAACUCAGCGCACCGAAGUUCAGAAUAUCUUCAAUAAACUAACCGAUGGAAAACCGCACUUAUCCGCCAACCAGUUGGUCGAUUUCCUGAACGAAGUACAAAGGGAUCCUCGACUAAAUGAAAUUCUCCAUCCGUAUGCAGAUAUUCAACGCGCCAGAGAUCUGAUUAAGGCUUACGAACACAAUAAGUACCAUCAGCAAAGAUCUCAAUUAACUUUUGAUGGAUUUUUAAGAUUUAUAAUGUCUGAAGACAAUCCGAUAGUGGCGCCGAACAAACUCGAUCUAUGCGAAGAUAUGGACCAACCCCUGGCGCAUUAUUUUAUCAACAGUUCGCACAAUACAUAUCUAACGGGCCAUCAGAUUACUGGAAAAUCGAGUGUGGAAAUCUAUAGACAGGGACUUUUGGCUGGAUGCAGGUGUGUGGAACUGGAUUUUUGGAACGGCCGAACGGAAGAGCCGGUUAUCGUACACGGAUAUACGUUUGUGCCAGAGAUUAGUGCUAAGGAAGUUUUGGAGGCGAUAGCCGAGAGCGCAUUCAAAACGUCCGACUACCCCGUCAUACUGAGCUUCGAAAACCACUGCAACCCGCGCCAGCAAGCGAAAAUAGCGAACUACUGUAGAGACAUAUUCGGCGAAAUGCUACUCGAUAAGCCUCUAGAUUCUCAUCAACUGGAGCCUGGAGGGGAAUUACCGCCGCCAUCGUUACUAAAAAAUAAAAUAAUAAUAAAGAACAAAAAGAAACAUCAUCACCAUCACAAGAAGGAAGAGACCGUUACAGUGACAGAGGAAGAUAAAAGCGAGGCCGUGCCGCAGGGCAACGGCGAUAUCGCACAUGGACCGUUAGUUCGUCAAGGGUCCAAAGAUUCUUCCGAUUCAUCAGAAACGGAGAGCUCGAGUGAGGAAGAAGGCGGGGCAGAGGCAGAAGGCGGUCCGGCAGAAGAGGCCCGAGAGACUCACGCCGCGGCCGAAAUAUCGGCUUUGGUUAAUUAUGUCCAACCAGUUCAUUUCUCAUCCUUUGAAAAUGCUGAGAAAAAGAAUCGUUUCUACGAGAUGUCAUCGUUUGACGAAAAGCAAGCCACGACGUUACUCAAAGAGCGGCCCAUCGAGUUCGUCAACUAUAACAAACAUCAGUUAUCGAGAGUGUACCCCGCGGGUACAAGGUUCGAUUCCUCCAACUUCAUGCCACAAGUGUUCUGGAACGCGGGCUGCCAAUUAGUGGCUCUCAACUAUCAAACUCUGGAUCUCGCGAUGCAACUUAACUUGGGAACUUUUGAAUAUAACCGGCGAUGCGGGUACUUACUUAAACCAGAGUUCAUGAGGAGAAAGGACCGUCGCCUAGACCCAUUCGCGGAGAGUACGGUGGACGGAAUCAUCGCCGGCUCCCUCUCCGUCAGCGUGGUCUCCGGGCAGCUGCUGACGGACAAGCGCACAGGCACGUACGUGGAGGUGGACAUGUUCGGGCUGCCGGCGGACACUGUCCGCAAGAAGUUUCGGACGAGAGUCGUCCCCAAUAAUGGGAUUAAUCCCGUCUAUGGGGAUGAGCCGUUUGUUUUUAAGAAGGUGGUCCUACCCGAAUUAGCAAUGCUGCGUAUAGCAGCUCACGAGGAAAGCGGGCGGCUAUUAGGGCACCGGGUGCUCCCGGUCCUAGGGCUCUGCCCCGGCUACAGACACGUAGGGCUUCGCACCGAACUAGGUCUCCCUCUCACAGCCAGUCUACUCCUACACGUGCAAGUCAAGGACUACGUACCAGACCGUCUAUCGGAGUUAGCCGAGGCUUUGGCUAAUCCAAUCAAGUAUCAAAGCGAUAUGGAAAAACGUUCACAUCAACUCGCAGUAUUAACGGAUGACACUGAAGAGCCUACAAGAGACACUGUUAAAAGACCAAUCACGCAUCUGGGACCUGUGACUGAUACACCAAUAUGUCCGGGGGGCAGUCCGAAUAAACCCAACACGUCGACGGAACCGAAGACCAAUGAGACUGAUACCCAACCAAGUGAACCUGAAAAAGUAGAACAAGAGGAGACGGAGGCUCACAACGGCGGCGAGGUGACGGAGGCGGCGGCGGCGGCGGCGGCGGAGGCGGCGGAGGCGGCCGAGGCGGGGUCGCUGCAGGCGCUGCUCAACAGCAAGGUGGUGCGCGACAAGCGCGCCGAGCUCGCGCGCAAGCUGGACGCGCUGCGCCGCAAGCACGCGCGCCGCCCGCGCCCGCCGCGCCCCGCCAACUUCUUCGUCAAGCGACUCUCCAACAGGAACAUGAGCGAACCCACUACGACCGGCGAAGAAUCAUCAACCGCCAUCACGCCCGGCUCGGAAGCGGCUGCUGCGGAACGAGAACUAAGACUAAGAUACCAUCACGCAAUAUACGCAGCUCUAGAAAAGAAUCUACGGAAUGAACAACAACACCAGAUGAAACUUUUAACAGAUCUUCUAGAGAACGAGAAAAAGGAGAUUUUGAACAAACUGGCGAAUUCGCGGAAAGAAGACGUCAAAGCGUUAGCGAAGAAAACCAAUAGAGAUAAGGAUGAAAUAUUGAGGAUAAAACGAGAAAUUCACUCGCAGUCGGUGGAGCGCGGCGUGGCGGAGUGCUCGCGGCUGGAGCAGGCGCAUGCGCGGCGCCGCGAGCAGCUGGCGCGCGCGCACGAGCGGGCGCGCGCCACGCUGCUGCUGCACCGCGACCAGGAACUCCUAGAACUAGAGCGACUGUGCGGCGGCGCGCCCGAAGGC